AUGUCCUCACGCAAUCGCAACUCACGGGGACCAAACCGCAACAGUGGCAACGCCCAGGGGGAAGAGGCUCAUCUGUGGAGCCAAGUUAAGGAUGACAUCCGGGUCAUGGUCGACGACAUCAACGCGAGCAACGACUCGAUCCGUGCUGUAGUGGCGCAGGACAGCUACAUGGCCAAAAACAAAGACGGCGUCGAUAUCACCGUCGAGGAACAGAAGCUCGACAGCUUGCUGCGGAGCGGCGUCAAGGGGUCAGAUCUAUCUAAACAGCAAAUCGAUGCGCUGAUCGAGCGUGUCACGGUCCUGAGGGCAUUGGUCAAGGCUAGGGAAGACGCAGAAGCACAGGCAGCGGGGCCAUCGGGCUCAUCCGGGCGGGAGAGGCCAGGCGGGUUGUUAUCCGCCUCGGCGAGGUCCGGGUCAGUGCGGGGGAUUAGUGCGCGUGAGAAGGAGCGAGAUCGAGAUCGGGACCGAGACAGAGAUCGUGACCGCGACCGUGACCGUGACCGCGAUCGCGGCGAUCGCGGCGACCCGGGUUCGGUGUACGAGUUCGACGGCUCGGGGGACUCGCCCAUGCCGUCGCCGGUGGGAAGGAAACUGGGAGGAAGCGCUGGCGCGGGAAGCGACCGCUCAGUAAACCGGGAUAGCGUCCCCCCACGAGGCGGAGACCGUGAUACGCCAGGAAAGUCGGAUAGUGUCCCGCCGGAAUCCGGAGGGCUUACCGCCACGGCGGCCCAACGGGCGAAGAUCACUUUCUUCAAGGGCCAGGACGUGGUAUUCAAGCCGAAGCCAACAACAACCACCGACACCACGGAAUGGAUGCUUGGAAAGGUGCAGCAGGUUCUCGGCGAGGGCAAGUCACGGCGAUAUAAAGUCCAGGAUGCCGACCCGGACCUACCACCGGACCAACGCGUCGAGUAUCGCACCAGCGCCAGCAGCAUGAUCCCGAUCCCGGCUUCUGGCGUGGAACUCCCGGAUCUUGACAAGGGGAAAACGGUGCUCGCCCUCUACCCUGAUAGCACCACAUUUUACAAGGCUGAAGUGAUGGGGACAGAUGCAGCCACGCACAAAGUCAGCUUGCGUUUCGAAGGCGAGGAGAAUAAUGUUACACUGCAGCUGGUUGAAAGGCGGUUUGUGGUCGAGUAUAGGAAUUAG